GUGAUUGGAGAAAUUGGGGAGAAUUGAUCUGUGCAAUUUUUUUUUUCCUUUUUUUUUGUGAAUUGGGGAGGUGAAUGAUGGCACUGCUGUCCAAUGCCCCCAGUAUGUACCAAUCAUCGUCAUCGGAGAUGCUGAUACCAGCGUAUUCAACAGUCAGAACCUACGAACCGCUGUAUCCGUCGCCGUACAAUUCACCGGAUUACGAUCAUGUGACGGGUCAUUACAAUGAUCAUAAUGCUGGUGAUGUCGCUGGUACUCCGAGGAGAAAUGUCGAGUGUAAUGACAGUUAUGGCAGUGAUAAUUGUCAUGAGUAUGUUGUGCACGAUGGGUAUGAGAGAGAGACUUAUGGACUUCUGACACCAGUCACACCACAGAGAUUUACGUCACAUAGCUCUGUAGAGGAGAAUUCAAUGGAUUAUCAAGGUCCUGUAUAUUGCUACGAGACGUCCCAGGAGAUUGGAUACAAUGUGAAACAUGACAGGAAUCAAGACGUUGGGGAUUCGAGAAAAAAUUAUUGGGAGGCAGCAUCGGUUCACGACUCGCCGACGUCGAGCCCUCGACGAGGGAGACGGAGAUCCCGCGAUGUCCCACCAUCACCAGGUGUUCUCAAACGUCGAAGACUGGCGGCCAAUGCGCGGGAACGUCGCAGAAUGAACGGAUUGAACGAUGCAUUUGAUAAAUUGAGAGAAGUUGUACCGAGUCUCGGAGCCGAUCACAAAUUGAGUAAAUUUGAGACACUGCAAAUGGCACAGACAUAUAUUGCUGCACUUUGCGAUUUACUCGAGAAUCACGACAACGAACAUUGA